AUGGCUGCCACGAGCCAAGACUGGCCAAGCGCGUGUCCCUAUCCGAUCCGCUGCCCUACGCAAAUGAGUGUCCUGCGCGCAUCAUUCAGCAUUCUUUUUGGUCGUGGUUCCAUUCUUCCUCCCCAGGGACAUUCAUUCCUUUUCCAACCUGAACCAAAACAAAUGUUACUGGAACGUGAUUGA